AUGCCUACUGCUAAUCCCUACGAUUUAGAUCCUGAAGUUCGGGCAGUCUUAAAAAUUGAAACCUUUGAGGGUAAAUUUACGACCAGAGAUUUUGUAGAAAAUACAUCAAAAAAUUUAUUAAAACAUGCCAACCCAAAAGCAUUCGAUCCGAAACCUUUCAUAAGGACUUUUGAAAGAUCAAUUGAUGAACUUCUUAAAUUACGUGAAACGGUAACUGAGCAAAGUAAAGAUUUAGAAGCGAGUGUUCAAUUGACCGAAGCAGGUCAUCGUAAAAAAUUGAAUGAAUUAAAAUCAACUUUUGAGGAUGUGGUACAUUCUUUUGAAAGUUUAGAAACUAGAAUUAAUGAAGUGGGAAAUACAGCUAUUAGAAUUGGCGAGCAAUUAGAAACUAUCGAUAGACAGAGACUUCGAGCUUCUGAAUCGAAAGAUUUGAUCGAAUAUUUUAUGGCAUUUAAUAGAGGAGACAUAUCAAGGUUAGAAAAUUUACGGACAAAUGGAGGGAAAGAUGGACAAUUCAAGGCUGCAAUCAUUGCAAGAAGAUUAAAUUCUAUUGCUAAAGAAGUUAAUAUUCCUGGUGCAGAUGAUGCAAGAGCACGUAUAGAAAAGUACUGUGAAAUUUUGGAAAAAGAAUUGUUGGAACAAUUUGAUAAAGCAUAUAGACAAAUAGAUUUAAAAACGAUGCAGAAUUGUGCAAUUACUCUACAAGAAUUCAAUGGUUGUGAAUCUUGCAUCAAGUUAUAUGUAAAUCAGCAUGAAUUUUUUAUUUCAAAAGUAAAUCUUAGUCAGGAAAAUGAAUUUCUGACUAGUGCAAGUUGGAAAGAUUUACCCAAUCCUCAAGUUCCACCGCCCCCGGUAGAUCAAGGACUUAUAAAUCUUUACAAAGAAGUUAGGGCUACAAUUAGGAAAGAGGCUGAAAUAAUAAAUGUUGUCUUCCCUAAUCCAAUUAAUGUUAUGCAGGUUUUCUUGCAACGUCUUUUCGCUCAACUGAUUCAGGCUUAUCUUGAAAGCCUUUUAAUGCACGCCGAGAAUAACUCAACAUUAGCUUAUCUGCGUUCACUUGCAGCGGUUCGUGCUGCAACGAAAGAACUUGUUAAAGACUUAAAAACUCUUGAUAUGCGUCAAAAAGGUUCUUCUGAUCUUAAUCCUUCAGACACGAAUGAAGAAAGUUCUCAUAAAAAUAAUACUAUCGUUGAAGUUUUGGAACAAUGUAUUGAAGACUUAUUUAUCCCAUAUACGGAGGGUGAUCGUUAUAUUGAAAAAGAAAAAAAAUCACUGGGAGAACUGUUUUCUUCCUUGUUGUUGCAAUUCACAGCUUAUCAUGCUCAACAAAAACAAGUGAAAGGGAGUUUGAUUCAACGCGCAGUGAAUCAAAUAACUUCCACUCCUAAUUCAAAUUUACUUGACAUGCCCACCACUGAAGAAGAUGGUAACUUAUCAAUAAAUACGGCUAUGUUGAUCCUAAAAAUCCACGCUGAAGCUGUUAGAAGAUCUGUGCGACUUAGUCCUCCUUCUGAAUUGCCUAGGUUUGUCAGCGCUUUAUUCCAAGUAUUCUUAGAAAGUAUAGGAAAACAAUAUGUAGAAAUUGCUCUGGAUACUUGUUUGGAUCAAAUUUCGGCAAUUGAUUCAAAAUCAGAGACGGAUUUCAAACCUUUUGUUGCAAUUAAGAAUGCUCGAGAUAUUAUUCAUUUAGCACAAAAUCAUUUUCAGGCAGCAAUUCUUCCUUUGGCUUCAUCAUCUCUGACUAUACAUCGCGAUCUAACGUCUGAGAAGAACAGAUUUAUGAUGAGCGUAGAAAAUAAAAUUAAUUCGGCUAUUCAAAAGAUGAUUGAUGCUAUUAUUGCAAGAUUGAAUUAUUUAUUAUCGCGCCAGAAAAAGGUCGAUUUUCGUCCAAGAGAUGAAGAUGAUGUCAUUUCUAGUCUGGCAACUUCGCCUUGUAAUAAUUGUGUUGAAUGUUUGAAGAAAGUUCAAACAAAUAUAAGCCAAUGUCUUGAUGGCAAAAAUUUAGAACAUUUCUUGACCGAAAUUGGAGUUGCGUUUCACAGUAUGUUAUUAGACCAUUUUAAAAAAUUCACUGUUAGUGCUGCUGGUGAUAUCGCCAAAUAUCAAGAGACAAUCGCUUCGUUUAAAGUUCCACAGUUAGAUGAACGUCUUGAAAUGCUGCGACAACUAGGCAAUCUAUUUACUGUAAAGCCUGAAAUACUUAAUUCCGUACUCAAUGAAGGUUAUUUAGCCAAAAUAGAUGUUAAAUAUAUCCUUCCGUAUUUACAAGUUCGUGCGGACUUUAAGUCGGCUGGUAUAGACACCCUUCUUGGUGCGACAACUGAAACUGGUACUGGUGAAAGAAAUUUCAAUGAAAAGGCUAAAGCAAGACUUGCAGCAAUGGGAUUAAGUCUUACGAAUGGAUCCAGUGAUUCGGGUGGAAGAAAAUGGAUGAUGUUACUUAAUUAG